AUGGCUUUGCAGCUCUUUGUUCGCGAUUGCCUGCAUCUCUUGAGAGCCUAUACUUGCUGCUCCGGAUAUGAAGGCUGGGACAGCACCGAGGCAGUCACCACACGAGACGAAGCGGCGUACAGGAACAGUUGCAAAGAAGUAUCUUCGAGGGAACAGCGCACCGCCGGCCAUCAUGAAAUUGCCAGGAGAACUCCUUAUGAUCUUUCACUACGUUCUCUCAGCUACCGAACUCCGUCCAACACCUUCCGCUCGAGCAUGGCGACAUCCGGUCACCCACAUAGCAACGCAUUUCCGAACUUGGAAGCUCUCGCAAUGGUGGGACACUGGAGCUGCACGUUCCCAGAAAACGGCUUUCCGCGACUAACCCACCUCUUUCUGGAUUGCGCCACCGCCAAGGAUGUGUUCGACCUCGAUGCGCUCUUCGCGCUUCUUGCGCGUACAUCGGUCCUGCAGUCACUGCACCUUUGCCACAGAAUCGCACAGAAGGCACCCACCUCCGAACAACCCCCGAUCCCGCUUCUUCACCUCACAUCGCUCGCGCUCGCGCAGUGGGAUGUCUUCGGAGUUUGCACUUUCCUCGGACACCUCCUUCCAGAAGCCCCCUUCCACACGUUCGUCCAAGCCAACAUGUCCACCAACAGCUACGACCAAUACUACGUCCACCCCAUGCUCCAUUUACUCCACCCCUUCCUCCCGGCUCUGUCCGUCUUUGGGCAUGCCUGUAUAAUCAUCCAGGAUACCGGAAAGGACGCGGGUUUCUUGCUUGAGAGUCACGGACAGGAGCAGGGCCCAACGAUUCUUCUCGACAUGUUUGACGGCGAGGUUCCGCGACGCCAUCAUGCCCUUCUUCACAUUCCUCGCCGCCGCGGCCCCGUUCCGCUCCCCCGCCUCGAGGUCCUGGCCAUCUGCGCAAACUGCUGCACGCUCGAGGCCACGUCGCUCCUCGCCACGUCCCUCAAGGACGCCCUCGUCGCCCGCCGCGCCGCCCUGAAGCACCUCAUCGUGCGGCCGCUCCUCAACGCGUCCCCUCGGGCCGACGGCGAGUUCACGAGCAGGCCGCCGCGGACGGUGCCGUUCCGGACGCAGCUCCCCGUCUUCUUCGACGCCGGCCUCGACGCGCACGCCACGGAGUUCCACGUCCUCCCGCCGAUGGGGCGGGACGAGCCCUGCGACGAGUUCGGGCUCCUCUCCCUGCGGAACGCGGAAAAAAGUGACGAGCACGAGGUGCUGCUGGAGGUGCUGGACGGGAACGAGUCGCUGCCGGAGUCGGAGGGCUCCGAGGGGCGGAUCGUGCCGACGCGCUGGGAGGCCGCGACGGCGCGCGGAAAGGACGUGCGGGAGCGGUACUGGAGGUUCCUCCCGGAGGACGCGUUGCAGUGCGACUGCGACUGCGACCGCGUGUCGGCGUCGUCGGAUUCGGAGGGGUUCGACUGA